AUGGCACCGAAUUUUGGUAAUGAAGUGUCAGCACCUAUCGUUGCAGAAGAGAGUUACGAAAAGCUGAUACCACCACAAGCCGCGCCAAGGAAAUACAAGUACUUGUACGCCAAUAUGAUAUAUUUUACAUAUUGGCACAUAGCCGGACUUUAUGGUAUUUACCUGGCCAUCACUACAGCAAAAUGGGCAACCAUUAUUUUAGCCUAUUUAUUAUUCCUAGCAGGAGACAUGGGUGCUACAGCUGGAGCCCACAGACUGUGGGCUCACAAGACUUACAAAGCGAAACUACCUUUACAAAUCCUCUUGAUGCUGUUCAACACAAUAGCUUUUCAAAAUACGGUUAUUACUUGGGUGAAGGACCACCGCAUGCAUCACAAAUACAGUGACACAGACGCCGAUCCUCAUAACGCUACUAGGGGUUUUUUCUAUUGCCAUGUAGGUUGGUUGAUGGUAAAGAGACACCCUGAGGCUAUUAAGCGAGGAAAAUCUCUGGACAUGUCUGACAUCUACAAUAACUCAGUUUUGAAGUUCCAAAAAAAAUACGCCAUUCCGUUGGUUACUACUGUCACCUUUGUGCUCCCAACAAUAAUUCCAAUGUAUAUUUGGGACGAAAGCUUUAAUGUUGCAUGGCAUAUGACCAUGCUGAGAUAUAUCAUCGGUCUGAACACUACAUUUCUAGUCAACAGCGUUGCUCAUAUGUGGGGGUAUAAACCUUAUGACAAGAACAUAGCGCCAACACAGAGUUAUAUAGCAACAUUAGCCACAUUAGGCGAAGGUUUCCACAACUACCAUCACGUGUUCCCUUGGGAUUAUCGUGCCUCGGAACUUGGAAACAAUUAUCUAAAUUUCACAACCAAGUUCAUAGAUUUCUUCGCUUGGAUUGGCUGGGCUUAUGAUUUGAAAUCGGUUCCUGAAGAUCUGGUUCAGAAAAGGAUUGAAAGAACUGGCGACGGUACUAAUCUUUGGGGAUGGAGCGAUAAGAACAUGAAAGAAGAUCAUGUGAAAUCUACAGAUGUACUUCAUACCAAGGAUGAAUAA